AUGGAUCUCUAUCACGUCGCUUCCCUCUGCGGGGCUCUGCUGUUUGUUUGGGGAGUCCCCCGCGCUCACGCUCUCGCCAUUUCCCCUCCAGCCGCCCCGAAGAGCAGCAAGGUGUCGAGGAUCUUUGAUGGACAGGAAGCCUCUAAAUACUUCAAGGAGUUCCACGCGCCGCCGUCCGUCGACAGGAACACUAAAGCGACUUCUAAGGACUCCGUGGAGCCGCAUGACUACAUGCUGUCUAUUUACAAGACCUUCUCCACGGCGGAGAGACUGGGGCUCAACGCCAGCUUCUUCCGCUCUUCCAAAGCUGCGAACACCAUUGCGAGUUUUGUGGACAGUGGACACGAUGACCUCCCACUCCUCCCUCUGAGGAGACAGCAGUAUCUGUUCGACGUCUCGACGCUCUCCAGAAAGGCGGAGGUGCUGGGAGCAGAGCUCAGGAUAUACACCAAAGUGUCUGGGAAUUUCAGGAUAUCGGAAACAGAGCCCGUCGACGUCCAGCUCCUCUCCUGCCACGACCGGCAGCUGCUCGACUCCAAGACGCUGGACUUGCAGGACUCCCUGAGGCCAAAGUGGGAGGUUUUGGACGUGUGGGAAAUAUUCAAAGAGCAGCAGCACCUGAGCCAGGGGAAGCACUUCUGCCUGGAGCUCAGGGCCAUGCUGGACAACCCGGAGAGGGAGCUGGACCUGCACCAUCUGGGCUUGCACAGGCACGGCCGGCCCCAGCAGAAAAAGGCCAUCUUGGUGGUGUUCACCAGGUCUAAGAAGAGGCAGACCCUCUUCAGUGAGAGGAGAGAGGGGAGAGCGUUGCUGGGUCUGGAGAGGAAGGCCAAAGAGAGGGGCCCUGCCGCCAAAGCCAGCAGGAGAAGGAGGACGGCCGCGUCCAAGACCCGCCACGGGAAGAGACACGGCAAGAAGUCCAAAUCCCGGUGCAGCAAGAAGCCGCUGCACGUCAACUUCAGAGACCUGGGCUGGGACGACUGGAUCAUCGCCCCGCUGGAUUAUGAAGCGUACCACUGCGAGGGGGUGUGCGACUUCCCGCUGCGCUCCCACCUGGAGCCCACCAACCACGCCAUCAUCCAGACUCUGAUGAAUUCGAUGAACCCCAGCAACAUGCCGCCAAGCUGCUGUGCCCCGUCCAAGCUCAGCCCCAUCAGCAUCCUCUACAUCGACUCAGGAAACAAUGUGGUCUACAAACAGUACGAGGACAUGGUGGUUGAGUCUUGUGGCUGUAGGUAG